GGAGCCUUGGAGCUUGGGGUCCGGCGCUGGUGUCAGCUAGUCGCGCGCGGGCGCCGCUUUAGUUCCCUGGGGUUCUCCAUCCAGUCAGAGGUCUUUCUCUUGGUGAGGGUGGCAGGGAAGGGAGUUUUCUCCGCGGAGUAGCCUGCUGAGAAAGCGGAUUUACGUAGCAUGCUGGUUCCUUACGAUUCAUCUACAUCACGCCACUUCUCUAGGAGGCCCCGUCAGGGGCAUUAGGAAAACUUAACACUGAUUUAUCAUUGCUUUAACACUUCCUGGGCGCUUGAAGUAUGUCAGGCAUUGAGUACCUCACUAUUGCAUUUAAUUCUCCCAACAAAUCCAUGAGAUAAGAAAGUAAUUUCAUCCAUUUUGCCAACUGCAUUCCGGGGAUCAACGGAUUUAACUUUCCAGGGUCACCCACUGUACAAUCAGAAUUUGAGCACAAUCUGUAUGACUCCAGAGACCCCAGUGACUGGACAAUAUCAAAGCUUGGUAUCAAGUGUCAGUGGGAUGUACUUGUUCUACUUUCUGGGCUAUGGUGGAACCAGCACUACUUGGUCAAGAUCAAGUUUUGCAUCCUGAUGAAGUGUCUCUGGGAACUGGCUGUCCUGUAACCGAAGUAACUGCGAGGGGAUAUAAGUUUAAUUACCCUGUCACCGAGUGUGGGAUUCAGAAAGAGGUUUUUUCCUAUGGAGUGAUUUUUUAUUCAGCUCUCUACUAUAACAUAAUGAGCAAAGGAGUCACUGGAAAAAUUCCUUUAAUGUGUAUUGUUUCCAGCUCGUCAUAUUUGGAUACCACUCCAAGCACUACCAGCAACAAUCUCACACAGCCCCAAAAUGAUCUUCCCUCUGCCGGUUCUUCCUGGAACUUGGCCGACACUUGCCUGUUUGGAUUGCCCUGGGUCCCAUGCUUCCAGCACUCCUCGGUGAACACAUCUCAUCAGUCACUUCUGUGUAAAAUGCCUCAUUCUUUAGUCUGUGAGAGUGCAGAUGUGGCUGUGUUCUAGAUUGUUCUGUGGUAAUCUUGAUAACUCUAUUAUAGCAUUCUUAAAUUUAAUCUUAAACUAAUCACUAUAGAGUUUGGAACUUUUCCCACCUCCUGGGAGGCCAUCUAGAAGUCAGGGUUGGGAUGUUGCUUAAUGCUUCAUAUGUUUUUAACAAGUGUUCCUUUUAAACAAAGAGGCAAGGUAGUCCUUUCAUAUUCAUGACAAGAUGUCUGUAUAUAAUUUUUAUGUGGAGGUGAUUCUACAAAUAAAACAUGCUGUGUCUUU